UUAAAAGAUGUCGUGUUUUGGAGGUAGCGUGCUAAUUCCCGACUGAGGGCGGUGCAGUGUAGUUCAGUGUAGUGCAGUGAUGUAAGUUUUAAGCGAACAGUGCAGAGAGGAAGCCACCAUGCUGCCUACAAAUGUUAUGUCCUUUAUGAAAAAGAUGGUGGCGACGGAGGACACGGCAAACACGGUGCCGGGACAGAUCGAGGCGCCCGGCACCUUCGGCAAGCUGCGGCAGACGCUCUCCUCCAGCCUGCUCACGGCCCAGGACAAAGUUACAACAAAACUGGGCCCGCGGCAGGUCGAACCCGUGGCGGAGCCGGCGCCCGCGCCGCCGCCCGCGCAACCACCACCUGCGCCCGCGUCUAAAACUGAACGGGAAGCGGGUAAGGCGCCGUCGCGGGCAGGCGCGUGCCGCGUGUGCCUGAAGGCGCUGAAGCCCGGUGAAGUGUUUCACACGUGCAACGGCUGCCAGCACCGCGUGUGUGAGGACUGCUCUUCGUACUCCAAGCCGGCGGAGAACGAGGAGGCGAACUCAUGGCGCUGUUCCGUAUGCCGGCGUAAAGCUGCUCCGCGACUACCGCCCGCAGCGCAAGACAGUACUGAUUCACUCCUCGAUGUGCCUGUGCUGGAUUCUUUACAACGGCGUCAUUCGGAAGCUCGGCUGGGCGGUGGCACCUCCAGUACCGGCCUCGCGCCGCCACGCUCGCCCGAACUGCGCCGACACUCAGACGUCUCACCCGCCUCGCUAAAAGAACUAGAAAAGUUAAAGGGUGGCGGCACGGCGACGCCAGCGAACGAGUCGCGGCGGCCUAGCACGGUGACGCCGGCGCGGCGGCGGUCGAUGCGCGUGCCCGCCGCGCGCCAGCGCAGCGUCGACGACGACAAGCAAGACUCUCCUGCGCACUCGCCCGCGCUCGUCGCGCCACCACCGAUGUCUAGGAGAGCAUCAGCAGUGGACGUGGUCGGCGGUGCGGGAGCAGGAUCGCGUCGCGGCUCCUACCGUACAGAAGACACAUCCGAAUCAACGCCUUCAAUUGCCGGACUCGCCGUUGACGAAGACCGCCCCAUCAGGCGCCGCGGUAGUCAGCUUCCAGACAUAGCCGCACUUCAACAAAGGACGGGGGCGCUCAGUGCAAUGGCCGCUCUAGCUCGCACUGGAGACCCCUCCGAAGCGCCAGGCCCCUCGGCUGCAGCCGUGGCCGCCGCCGCUGCAGCCGCGCGACAAAUGUCGGUUGACGCGGAGGCGAUCAAGAUCGUCAUACACGACGUCGAUGAUCGCUCGCCACGACGAGUCUCGCUGCGUCGCGAUCCUAAUGACAAAAGAUCACGUGGUUUCGGCAUGCGCGUCGUGGGUGGCAAGCCGGACGCCAGCGGUCGCCGGGAGGCCGUCAUAGUGUGGACUGUGCCCGGCGGACCCGCCGACGGGGCCGGCUUACAACAGGGUGACAAGGUAUUGGAAUGGGGUGGAGUGCCGUUGACCGAGCGCAGUUUCGAAGAAGUGUGUUCUGUCCUGGAUCGCAGCGGAGACAACGUGGAGCUCCUAGUGGAACCCGCGCCGCCCCAGGACGACACGGUCACGCCUGCCCCGCACUCCAGCCAACACCAUCAUGCCCUAUAUGAACCGGAUACCGACAAAUCACCAUCAUCGCCGACCCGAAGGAAAUUGCCGAAAACCCCGGAGCAGGAGAGGGCCGAGCGAGCCCGCGAGCGGCCCGCGGCGCGCGCGCAGCUGCAAGUGUGGUUCGAGAGCGAGAUGCGCAAGCUGGUGGUGGUGCUCAUCGCGGCAGACGACCUGCCGCCGCGAGACCACACGCUCGGAUACGGAGACGAGCCUGAAGCAUUCGCCAGGAUAAGGCUUUUGCCGUCACUCGAGACCUGCCCACCGGUUGAAACAGACCCCGCGUCCGCGUCAUGUAGUCCAGUUUGGAACGCCACCUUGGGUUUCGGCGGUUUAACGGCAGAUCUCCUGGCAGGUCGAGCGCUGGAGCUCACCCUGUGGGACGCCUGCCCUGGAAUCGAUCCAGUACUUAUUGGAGAAUGCACUAUGGAUUUGGAAAAGGCGUUUGCGGAAGAACGUGCAGUGUGGUGGACGCUGGAGGAGCGCGGCGGGACGCGGUCAGCCAACGCCUCCCCGCGGGGCUCUCUCACAGGUGCGCGAGCGCUCCGACGCGGUGACUUUGCCUCGCAACGCUCUUGUUCAGAUGAUGUGGAUUCCAUCGGGGAGUGCGCAUCUUUACUCCAUCCAGACCACGCGUGGGUCGGCGGCUCCAGACGUGGCUCAUCCCAGUCAGAAACCUUGGAAGUUGAGGUUUACCAGCUUGGAAAAGACUUCUCACGUUCUUUACCUGGAUCGCGACGAUCAUCAUUCCAGCAGCAGGAGAAAGACGCCGCUGCGGGCACUGACAGCGGCGCCGGGCCGUCGCAGCGCAGCGAGCGGCGGCGCUCGUCCUGCGUCCGCCGCGACCCCGACGACAUCCUGCGCUCGCUGCGCGCCGUCAAGGGCGAACUCGGCCGCACGCUUUCCCUCUCCGGGUCCACCGCCCGGCGUACGGCGACGGGGCGCAAGGGCAGCAUGUGGGCAGCCGUGCCGGCGGCCUGCGAGGCGCUGGGCGACGACGAGGACUCGGUGCCGCUCGGCCCGGGCCAGAUGCCGCCUCGGAACGCCUCGCUGCCGCCGCUGCACGCGGAGAUCAACAUCAGCAUGAUCAUGAUUAAAGGACAGCUUGAGCUUGAGAUCUCGCACGCACGGCGAGUGUAUGGCGUGAACGGCGAGGUGCCAGACUCAUACGUCAAGUGCUACCUGCGCGAUGGCGACAAGUGGCUUCACAAACGCAAAACGCGAGUUGUUCGGCGUACCACCGAGCCGCAUUUCAAACAGACGCUCAAAUAUCAGGCAAACGAGGCACUGGGGCGCACAUUGGUGGUGAUGCUCUGGCAGCGCUGCGGCGGAUUCGAGCACAACCUCGCCCUCGGCGGAGCGGAGAUCACGCUCGACAAGCUCACGCUGCCCCAGCGCACGUACGGCUGGUACCCGCUGUUCCCCGCCACCUCGCUCGCGGCCGACGAGUCGCCCGACUGAUCCAGGGAGCCGUCGCCGGAGCGGCGCGACAACUAGCGCCUCCGCGACGGCUCACAACAACUCGUGUUUGGCCACCUUGCCACGUGACGGCGACCGGUGACAUGCUUGGAACCGUAUCAGCUUAGA